AGCAUACGGCAUAGAAAUAGUUGAGACACAAGCACCUACUCAUCUCUGCAAGCACUAGAAUGGCAAUCGUGACAUAUAUGUGCGUGACACGCGUAAGAAAAUAUUGGACUCUAUUGAAAAUCGCGCCAGGACAGUAAACACAUUGAGGAUUGGUCAAUUAAAUGUAAUUUUGCGCACUUAGAUAUUCGACCAAUCAGAUAUACUACUUCUUUAACGCUGCGAGUGAAUGGUAGGUUUCAAAACUUCUACAAUUUAGACCACACACAAAGAAAGUACUAUUAAAUUUCACUGUGGCGUUUUACAUGAGACUGUAUGAGACAUACCUCGCGGUGAUUCCCGUGAUUCAUUCGUAUAACUUCACUGAACUUCACUGAAGAUAUCACGUACGUCGUGGCGGUUUGCGUUUUGAUGUUAUACUUACUUGAAUAAAGAGGAAUCUUUAAGGAAAGAAUGAGUGAGUUAAAUCAUUUGAGCUGUCCUUUCACAUGGGAAAUGGAAAGGGUGUGUCGCACACCCGAUUCUCUGCUAAACAGGAAUGAUGGAUAUGCUUAUGACGAUAGUGACGAAUGUGAUAGCGGUAUCCCACUUAUACAGUUGAUGUAUACAGUGGCAAAAGCAUAUGAAUAUGCUGAAAGUAAUUGCUUGGAGAAAGCAAUCAAAGAGAUUUAUGAAUCUGAGAAGCUUUUUAAUAAUGUUCAAACGAACAUACCUAAGGACUUAUCCAUGGAGGCAGUAGAGCAUAUUAUUAAAGCAUCAAAAUGCUUCAUACUAGAAAAGAUGGAUAAAUCUGAUGAUGUAAAAAAUAUUUUGAAAACUAUUCCUUCAUGUAAGAAGAGUCCUGAAUUAGGGACCUUGCAUGGUUGUCAAAGUGCAAUUUGGCACUUUUAUAAAUUUGCUGGUAAUGAAAAAGCAAUAGAUUGUGUCUUGAAAGCCAUACAGGGAAACCCUAAUAAUGCAAUAUGGCAUUUGUUGCAUGCAAAAUGUUUGAGACGGGUCAGGAGACAUGCAUGCUAUAGGAGUACGCCAUCUCCUCAGGAACAAUCUGAAUUUAAAACAGCAUUUAAUAUAUCAUUGGAUCCAUUUAUUGGCAUAUACAAUGCCCAAAUGUAUCGUGAGAUGUGGGACACUCAGAAGGCGAAAGACAUGUAUAACACUAUAUUUAAUAUGAAACCCAAUAGCUGUUCCAUAUAUUUAAAAUUAGCUCUGGGUUUUAUUCGCUGCAAGGAUGCUAAUAAAGCUGGCAAAUGUUUAGACUAUGUAGAGGCAAGGAUGCCUAAGAACUCUAGGUAUCUUCAUUAUAAAGGAAUUUACCUUGAUAAAUGUUUGAACGACAAAAAGGGAGCUUUGGACCACUUUGAGAAGGCAGGAGCUCUGUUGAAUUUUGUGUCGGAUUUAUCAUACCUUCAGUUACAACUGGAAAUCGCUCCUGGGACAUACGAUCCGAUGCCACAUUUGCAAAUAAUGAUGCAAAGAUAUGAAAAAUUUGGAGGGUACAGAGUUCAAGAUAUAUUGUUGAACAUGGGAACAUACUAUAUGCAUUGUAAACAUGACGCAAAGAAUGCUUGUAAAUAUUAUCUACAAGCUAUUGAAGUCAAUCCACGAUCUAAAGGUUUACGAAAUGUUUAUUCCCACAUUUCUAAUUCAAAAAACAACAUAUUUGAAAGACUCAAUACUCAUAUUAUACCAAAACUGAAAAUGCAAGAAAAUCUUGACAGGGAGACUUCUGAAAUGGUAAAAAAAGUAGAAAAGUAUUGCAAGUUGUAUGGAACUGAUGAACAUAUGUCACUGCAAGAGCACAUGUAAACAGUUGGGCUUUCGAAACCGAAAAGACGCUUCAACUGAGACUGAAAAGGUUCUAAACUUAUUGCUCAGAUUAUCCAAAGAAAUGUUAAAACCUUUACAUAACCAUUUUUAUAUUUUAUAAUUGUUAUGAUAUAGAUUUAUAUGUUUAUCAUUUUUUGCAUGAUUAAAUAUCCAUUAAAUAUUGAAAUUUUUUAAGAAAUGACAAGAUUAUUACUAACAUUCUUUAACUAGUAUUCGUAAUUUUUGUAACCGGAGUACGGAAAUAAAAUUAUUUGAGAAUAAAUUAAA